ACCUAAUAUAUCUUUUGGGGCUUCCUUCUGUUGGGUUCUGGAGAUCUUUACAAUACUUCCUCCGUCCUAUUUUACUCCGAACUCAUCAGUUAUCUCUCCCCAGUCUCCCUCGUUAUAGUCGCCUUGUCUACUAUCUACUCUCUACUCCCUUUCCAGUACCCAGUUGCAAAACGGAAGCACCUCAUCUCUGUAUUCUGUUUUCGGUUCAUCAAACAUGGCAGCCAUGUCAGGGAAGAUUAUCGAACAUGUUCUGGUAGCAAAGAGCUGCCAGCAGAAUAGGCAUUUGAGCACCCAAUAUCGACAAGCCUGUUGUAACCUUAAUAGGUGCAACUUGUCUCCCUUCCUAGGGGGGAAUCUGGCACGGAGUCGCAUGUCCACGAUACAGUUGCGUGCCUUUUCAAAACUUAAGCGAAGGAUUGUUUUCUGCAAUGCUGCGCCACCUACAGCAGCAUCAUCCAUUGAAAAGAGUGAUUUUCUUAAGCUUCAGAAUGGAAGUGAUAUUCGAGGUGUUGCUGUUGCUGGUGUUGAGGGAGAACCUGUUACCCUAACUGAACCAAUCACAGAAGCAAUAGCUGCUGCAUUUGCUUCAUGGUUGCAGGAUAGAAAGCAACCAGAUGCUGCUAGACGUUUGAGGGUUUCCAUAGGUCAUGAUUCUCGGAUAUCUGCAAAAACAUUACAGGAUGCAGUUUCUCGAGGAAUUGGUCGUGCAGGCCUUGAUGUCAUUCAAUACGGACUAGCAUCCACUCCAGCAAUGUUUAGUUGUACACUGACUGAAAAUGAGGACUUUCUGUGUCCAGUGGAUGGGUCGAUAAUGAUAACAGCAAGCCAUCUUCCCUACAACCGGAAUGGUUUUAAGUUCUUUACAAGUGCUGGAGGGCUUGGGAAAGCUGACAUAAAAGACAUCUUAGAGCGUGCUGCUAGUAUUUACAAAACCUUUACAGAUGAAGACUUACGGGAUCUAGAAAGAAAAGCUUCUCAAUCAAUAAGAAGAGUGGAAUACAUGACCAUUUAUACGUCCAAUCUUGUGCAAGCUGUUCGCAAAGCUGCAGGAAAUAUUGAGAAACCGCUCGAGGGGUUCCAUAUUGUUGUUGAUGCAGGGAAUGGAGCGGGAGGUUUCUUUGCUGGUAAAGUGCUUGAGCCUUUGGGAGCUAUUGCAUCUGGCAGUCAGUUUCUAGAACCAGAUGGUAUGUUUCCUAAUCAUAUUCCUAACCCGGAGGAUAAAGCAGCAAUGGAAGCAAUCACCAAGGCUGUCCUUGAUAACAAGGCUGAUUUGGGGAUAAUCUUUGAUACUGAUGUUGAUAGAUCUGCUGCUGUAGAUUCCUCAGGCCGAGAACUUAAUAGAAACCGUUUGAUUGCUUUAAUGUCUGCUAUCGUCUUAGAGGAGCAUCCGGGAACAACUAUUGUGACAGACAGUGUGACUUCAGAUGGUUUGACCACUUUUAUUGAAAAGAAAUUAGGAGGGAAGCACCGCCGUUUUAAAAGGGGCUAUAAAAAUGUCAUUGAUGAAGCAACCCGAUUGAACUCUGUUGGUGAGGAGUCACAUUUGGCUAUUGAAACCAGUGGGCAUGGUGCUCUCAAGGAGAAUCACUGGCUUGAUGAUGGUGCAUAUCUUAUGGUCAAACUUUUGAACAAGCUUGCAUCAGCUAAAGCUUCUGGUGAAGGCAGAGGCAGCAAGGUUCUUACAGGUUUAGUGGAAGGUCUUGAGGAACCUGCUUUUGCUGCUGAGUUGAGACUAAAGAUUGAUCAGACUCAUGCAGAUCUUAAAGGAGGGUCUUUUCGGGAGUAUGGGGAGGCAGUUAUACAUCAUCUGGAGAAUAUCACUGUUACAGAUCCAAAGCUUCAAAAAGCGCCUGUUAACUAUGAAGGAACAAGGGUUUCUGGCUAUGGUGGGUGGUUUCUUCUUAGACUCUCACUUCAUGACCCAGUUCUGCCACUUAACAUAGAGGCAUCCAGUCAAGAGGACGCCGUGAAACUUGCCCUUGUUGUGCUUUCUGCAGCAGGAGAGUUCCCAGCUCUUGAUGUAUCUGCGCUAAACAAAUUUGUCCAAGCAUAAGCACUAGUCUUUCCAGCUGGCUGCUCGAACUUGGUUUUAGAAUAUGCUGCUUGUUCUCAGGAAAGUCUCGAGGUUAUUUUCUCCACUGAGGACAUUGUAGGCAUGGAUAGUUGUAGCGUCUUGACUAUAGAAACUAUAGGAGCAAAUCAGCUCCAGAAAACACUCAAAUGGUUGUUGUGUCACGACAGAGUCCUAAUUCUGGGGAAUAAAUAAGAUAAUAAUGUUAGUCUGGGUUGUUGCCUGUCAACCUUUUUAACUUGAGCGAUCGAUUUUGUAUACAUAGUUACUUGAAAUCUACAUAAGAUCUAGGAUUGAUGUCA